AUGACAGUGUGGAAGUCUACCAAAUGCCGACUGGGCCCGACCGCCGCUUACCGGACCUUGAUGGACCGCCGGUAUAGGCCCUUGCUGUCAUUUGGUUUGAAGGUCCUGCUCGGGGUUAGAUGGCACGGCGCAGCUCUGGGUCACUCGGCCGGUGCCCGCAUCUCGCUUCGCUACGGCAGACCCAGAAUUCGGCUUUCACUACCCCUCUUCGUCCUAUUACUUGGUUUCUUAUCGCCGGACAAGCGUCAGGUCUCGCAACAGCCGCCCCGCUACUGCGGCCCUGAAAUUCAGAAUCAAGAUGACGACGACGACGACGAUAACAGCAACAAGAACUAA